GACAGAGCUCAGCCUAACGGAUCACGCGAGCUGCCCUUUGAUGUGGACAGUGCCUGAUUUUAAAUAAUCUCGCCUUUAUGCAGUAAAUAGUGAACCAUGCCGAAGGGCCGUGGUAAAGGCAGGAAACGGAAAGGACCGGCUCAGAGAGUUACUCCGGCCCGCAAUGUCCUGUCAGAGGACCAGCCAGGGACGAGUACAGCCGGGUUGAUCCCCGCCACAGAUGAUCCAGACACUUCCCAGAUAUCACAGCCCAGCCAGACGAGCCGGCCAAGCACUGCUAGUCAACAGCAGCAGCAGCAGCAGGAAAAAAACAUCCGUAGACACCAUACUCAGAUGAUUAUUGAUUUAGGUGAUAUGUUUUCACCUAAACAAUGGCGUUCUAUUUGUAAUCGAGUUGAAAUGAUGAAAUAUGUGUCGACCAGGGAUAUGGGUGAUGUAGACAGUAUGGAGGACCUGUGUAAAGCCUUGAUGAGGAAUGGAGUCAUUAAACAUGGGGAAUACAGUAAUCUACGUGAAAUUCUUGUUACCUGCGAUGUCGAGGCUGGAGUAAUCAUUGAUGAUUACACAGAAAGAAUACAUCAGGAAAGGGAAGGUCCAUCACCGGCCAAGCAAGCAAAGACAAGAGAUCAAGGCCAGCAAUAUUCUACAGAAAUCCAUCCUGACUUGGAACCCAUGAUAGGAACAGCCAAAGCCAGAAUUAAAAAAGAAAAAGAGGAGAAAAAAUUCUACCCCACCAAAGGUUUCUGUGAUGCUAAAGACAAGCUUCAAAAGAACAGGGUUGUUGUCAUCAAGGGAAACACGGGGGACGGUAAAACAGCAAUCGCCGUUCAACUCCUUCAUUGGCUGAGUGAGGAGCAGCAAGCCGGACAACCCCUACAAAUUCACAAGAUUGAAGAUUUACGAUUAUUGGCCCCAAAAUUAAAAUUGAUCACUUAUAUUGAUGAUAUUUUUGGUGAGAAAAAUGUGAGUAAAACGGAUGUACAAGAGUGGAACAAAAGAAUCUCAGAUGUAGAAACACUUUUUGUAGAUAAACAAACCCAGACCAAUUUUCUCAUCGUUACUAUUCGUAAUGAAGUAUUCAAUUCUUUGCAAAAGCGUUCUCCUGGAACAAUUUUAAUCAAAGAUAACAUUAUUGAUUUAAGUUCACAUACAUACCAAUUUGCAGAAGAAAAAAAAGAACUUUUAGAGCUGUAUAAGCCAAAACACUUUUCAUGGACAGAUCAAGAAAAAAAACAAAUUUCAACUUAUGCACCAAACAUUGGAUUCCCACAAUGUUGCCAGCUUUUCUACAAUUCUGAAGAAUUGCAGAAAGAGCGAGUGAGAUUUUUUGAAAAUCCUUUUUAUUUCUUGAAUGAAGCAUUGUCAAGAUUACAAGAAUGUUCUGCACUUUUGUACCUCUUCCUCAAUGGUGGAAUGAUAAGAGUAAACGAUCUUGAUCCAAACAGUAAAAAAGUCGAUGAAAAAUUGCUGGAAGAAGCUUUUGAAAUCAAUUUGAUUGAUGGUGAAGAUUACCGUACAAAAUUGACAUAUAAGAAAAAAGUAGGAUUUGUAAAAGAAACUUUGGAAAAGUUGUUAGGAUUUUUAGUAGUGAAGGAGACACAUUUCAGGUUUUAUGUGGACUUCGUAGCGAAGGAGAAACAUUGGUCUGUUGAGGAUGUGUACAGAUUUAAUCAUGAUUCUAUAUAUGUUGCUGUUGCAUUUUUGUAUGGAAAAGUCACACCGAUUGGCUACAUACAGAAUUGUCCCAGCAAAUCCCUCAGUUAUCUAACAACCUCAGAGACGACUGCUAACAUGAUUGUCAUAUCAUCUGAUCAUUAUACAGAAAUGUGUGAGCGUCUACUCCGAGAAUUUGAAUCAUGUUCUCGUAGUGCAGAAGAAUGUGCUUUAUAUCUUCUGUGUGAGGGAGUAGAACCUGACGAGGACACAGUGAUGUGUGUGGUGGAGGGACGGAGUGAGGAAGUGUUACGUAAACUACUCCAAUACGAUGUCACUCCUAUAGCGAGGGAUUUUGAUUCUAACAAUGUCCUACAUUGGGCGUGUGUGUAUGAGAGAGACGAAAUGGUGACGUUGUUAUGUGACACUUACCCACACUUGGUACAUGACACUAAUAUGAGUGGAUUUACCCCGAUCCAUGCUGCGGCGUUUGGAGGAAAAUGUUCUGUGUUUCAGAUAGUGGAGAGGUUGUUUUAA